AUGUUCUCAAGAUCAUCCAUGUCAAGUUUCAAGCCUUGCAGAGGAAGUUUUCUCAAUCAAUUGCUCAAAGGCCUGAAAAUCGACUAUGCUAGGGCAAAAGUCAACUAUGGCCCACAUACAGUCAAACUUCAAGAUUUUUGGUGUGCGCAUUUCAUUUUCUCAACAUUUUCAAGGCAAUCCAGCGUGUUACAUGGCAAGGGGUCCAUAGUGUACUGUCCAGAUCUGGGCGUCCCAUCCAUCAACGCUCCAGAUCCAAGGCUAUCCCAUGAAGGUCCACAAUACACCCCAGUCAAGCAUGCACAUGAGAUUGAACAAAGUCAACAAAGGCCUGAGCUUGACCUUUAUUUAUCGUCUUUUGCGGGUUUUUUUGGCUAUGUACGCUGUUAUGGGAGAAACAUAACUAAAACUUCCUUAAAGAGAAAGGCAGAGAUUAAUGCUUUGAAACAAGCCCACAGUGAAGAGGUCUCUACAUUAAGGGACGAGUUUCAAGAUAAGAUUGAUAGAUUGCAAAAUGCUUUUAAGACCGUAAUACAACAAGGCAAUCCUCAAAUUAAUAUAGAGUCAAUUGAAGAUUUGUUAGGAUUAUCUCAUGGAGAUGCUAAUAGUUCCCCAAAGGAUAUAAGACCGCAAAUGCAUUCAUCUACAUCAACUCAUGCUCCAUGUCAUGGAAAGCAAUGUAUCAAUGAAGAUGUUGAAAAGGACGAUAUAAAUGAUGAAAUUCAAGAGGAUGACAUAAAUGAUAAAAUUCAAGAGGACGACGUAAAUGAUAAAAUUCAAGAGGACGACGUAGAUGACGAAUUUCAAGAGGACGACAUAGAUCUAGAUGAUGAAUUUCAAGAGGACGAUAUAGAUGGUGAAUUUCAAGAGGACGACGUAGAUGAAGAAUUUAUGGAGGAUGACAUAUCUAACGAAUUUCAAGAGGAUAAUCUGGAUGAUUUACUCUUAGAAGACAAACUUGAGUGA